CAGUUCAGCAGUGAGCAUUUGUCAAAACACAUUGUUUCGCAUAAUAUUGCCUUGACCGGAUAUCAUAACUUCUUGAUAACUUGCUUCUCCAAAAAAUGAAGACUGCUGCCAUUCUCCUCGCCACUGUUUCCGGUGUCUCUGCCUUCACUCAAGCAGUUUCUCAAAACCGAGUUGCUACCGCAUUGUCGGCCGAGCCGGUCCCUCUCGCCAAUGGCGCCAUGUCAUUCAACCGUGUCUGCCGCGAAUGGCGAUGCAAAUACGAAGGUGAUAAGGCUACAUCCGCAAGUUUGGAGGCCAUCGCCAAGGUUGUUGACGAAAGCCUCCCUGAAAUCAAGAAAGCCUCGAGCGAGAUCACCGUUAACCGAUUGGUAUGCGGAGGGUGCCUUGAUUUCAAGUUGAUGAUGACCGUUCCUCUCGAAGAUUUCGGACCCUGGGAAGAAGCUGGAUUCCCUCCUGAGAGUGACUUCCUCGCAAAGAUUAAGGCUAUCGAAGGAGUUUCCGUAGUUGAGACUCAAACCAUCACCAACAUGGAAAUCUAAGAAUCGGCAAGAAAAUCAUAACUGAAAU